AUGCCGACAUGUACAACUCCGUUGAGGGAUGACUUGUGCGCGUUUUGUCGCCAUCCUUCUCUGAACGAGUCGAACGACGACGACGACAAAAAGAAGAAGGAACGAAUAAAGAACGACUUUAAUACCGUCUGUCCGGCGUGUUUGAACUGCUUCUCGUUCUUCGCUUGUCGUUCCUCAGCGCCGUCAAAAACAGCAUCGGAAGAAGAAGAAGAAGAAGAAGACAACAACAACGAAGAAGAAGAAGACAAAGACAAAGCGGUGGUAGUCAGCGACGCGCGCGAACUCGCGAAACACCUCGCGUGCAAAUCUAAAAAGAAUACUACUAAACGCAGAAAAAGAGUCGUUCAAAACGGAGAACGCGUGUGCGUCGACUUUGCGUUUCCUCCCUCCGUGGCGUUUCGACAGGCUCUCGCGAAAGAGAUUUUACUGAGAGAAGGCAAAGAAGGCAAAGAAGGAGAAGAUGUCAUCGAUUCAGACGAGGAGAAGGAGAGCGUCAAUAUGGCGAGAAUACAACAACAACAACAACAACAACAACAAAUGCGCGUACUCGAGGGCGACUUUGACGCGAUGGCGCGAGAGGCGCGAGAGGCGGCGAUGUUGAUGGUGCGAGCGCACAGCGGGUGCGAGCGAGUCGAACACGUGAGGGAUAAAGCGAAAGCGACGGUGAUGGUGUACGUCGAGUACGAAGGCGUACCGUCGGCGGCGAGUUUUGCUACCGAUAAGAAGAGCGACUUUAACAACGAGGACGGUGAAAGAGAUGAUGGGACGAUUCAGACGACGAAUGUCUCUCUGGAAGAUGAUUUCAAAGCGAUGCGACAUUUCAACGUGAAACGACCAAACGAUCGACAGAAAAACUGGAAAAAACGGAAACGACGGGAAGGGAGAAAACCGGAGUGGGAACUCGUCCUGUCGCAACCGGAACCAAAAUACUUGGCAGCGUUUGAGGACAGUCGGUUGGAGUAUUCGAGAGUACGUAAAGAGACGUCGACGGAUGGUUUUUUGCGAGCGAUUAAAAACGCGACGACGGAGACGUUGAUGAGCGCGUUGUACAAUAACACGUAUAAAGCGGUACGUAUGAAACAAGAUGAGGAAAAGAAAGAAAAUCCAAUCGCCGCGCGCGUUCGCGUUUGGGCCUCACCCGUCUACGUUGCCGGAAGAUACGCGAAAUUCGCGAGAGACGUGCCUCAGUCGCCGUGGUCCAAUUGUCCAGUCAAAUGGGCGCGAGCGACGGAAAGCGUUCAAGACGCGUUGGAGGAUGCCAUCGUAAAAUCCGCACACGCGGACGGGGCAAAGUUCAACUCCUCCGGGAGAGAAGAUUUGGACGUUCGCAUGCUCGGCGAUGGCAGACCGUUUGUCCUCGAAGUGCACAAUCCGAAAGCGAGCGUCUCCGAACUUCGAGAAAAUCUCGUGCGCGCUGAAACGCUCAUGAACCAAUCGAGUUUCCUAAAAACUGACGUCAAAGCUUUCAAUUUACGCGUCGUUCCAAAAGAAACCUACAAAAACGUUGGUUUACGAUUAGACUCGAACGAAAAAGAAAAGAGUUACUCGUGCGUGUGCAUUUGCGAUCCGCCGGUGCCAAUGGAUUCGACGAUUUGCGACGUCGUGAGCGCCAUGAAAGACGUAGAGUUGAAACAACAAACUCCCAUUCGCGUAUCGCACAGACGAUCGGAUCUCGUCCGUCCAAGAACGUUGCGUGAAAUUAAAGUCACCGUAGUCCCUGGAACGAGGGGUCGUUGCGUGUAUGUCGAUCUUCGCGCGGAAGCUGGGACGUACAUCAAAGAGUUUUGCCACGGCGAUAAAGGCCGAACCAACCCGAGUUUAGGCGAUUUACUCGGGAACGGGACCAAGUGCGAUAUCAUUCAAUUAGACGUGACGAAAGUCGACGCCGUUGGGUUUGAUGAUUAG